UAGAGUUACCCAUUUUUCACGCAUGAACCUGGGGCAAUCGGCCAGCCUGCAGACACAAUGUCAUAUGUAAAGGAAUAUCCCUCCCUUAUCCAAGCCCCGGGUACAGGGAGGUGGCAGAUCUAUGGGUCAUGGAAUAUGAGCCGAAAGUGACGCGAGUUUGAAUGGAGUUGAGGUCGGCACCCACAGGAGUGACAGCUUAUCCAUGGUUGGGAGUUGCUUUUUCUGGCGGGGCUUUUGGGGAAAAGGUGGCGUGCUCGCACCAGGGGCCUCGAUGCGAAUGGAACUUGAAGAAAAAACUGUUUGAAAAAAAUGGAUCCUCUUUGAUGAAUUGAAUGAAGCAAGUACAUAUUACCCUUAUAUCAAAAUGUGGAUUUUUAUUUUCUUAAAAUUGUUUAUUAUUAUAUAAGUAGUAGUAUCCCGCCGUGCUGGGCUUUUGUAUGUUGUCUGUUAUCUCCCAGUAAUUAGUUCAAUAUGGCAAAGUCUAAAAAUUACGAAUUGUCCCAAUUAUACAGCUCCAGGCCGUAUAAGUCCCGUUACCAAAGACCCUGUGACCUUUGUCGAAAGCGAAAGACUUGUUGCAUCAUGAGUACCCAGUCAACUUGUUUAUCGUGCAUCAAAUCCAAUAAUGGCAAUUGCACUUUUAACGAGGGGCCUGUCCAGCGUCGAAAUCGAAAGGUGCCCGCUGUUACUUUACCGACCCAGCAGAUACCCCGCCAGCUUCCGGCUAGUUUUGAUAACCACUCGCCGAAGGUACGACCGGAGCUUGGGUCAAUUGGAAGUGGUGGAUCAAAUGGUAGCAGUGGAUCAAAUGGUAGCAGGGGAUCAAGUGGGAGUAGUGGGUCAAUUGGUAGUGGGAGUAUAUCAAUUGACAGUGGGAGUAUAUCAAUUGGCAGUGGGAGUAUAUCAAUUGGCAAUGGGGAAAGUGGCGGACUGACAGACGCAAGGGUACCUGCCAUUGGAUCUUUCACCACUAACCUCAUAUCUCCCACGACUGUCACCACUUUCACCACCGUCAUCACCGCCGUUGACACCCAGUCAACAUACCCACUUCUGGAAUUCACCCUAGAAGAUGGGCUGCUUCUACCAGCUGAACAGGUCCAAGAGCCUGACAUUCUUGAUCUUGAUUAUAUCAGCCCCACCUUCUCCAGUUUCGCACAGAUCGAGUUUGAAGAUAUGCUUCUGUACUACUAAUACCAGAGAGAUUGGGAGACUUGAAGCAUGGAAGUAUGCUCUAGAAGUACGAGAAAAUAUGGGAGUCCUCUGGACAGUACUUCUGCCUAUCGCCUGACCAGUAAAGUAACAAAAUGCAUAUCGCCAAUUACUUGGCAAUCCACAACUGUGACUAUCUAACGUCCAACACCUACAAUUUCGUCCACCUCCUGAGUCAUCUACAACCUGUCGAUCGCCUUCUGAGUCAUCCAACGACCCAACUCGUGAAUACCAUCGUCAAGUAAUUCGCCACUAUGCAUGACACUGAGAUUGUUGUAUUACUAAGGCAGUGACUAAUCUCCUAAAAAUAUACGAAAUAUUCCG